AUGGUGACUACACCUGAGGACCAGUCUAACGGCGAGCAUAAGGACACAUUCGAGGUUCUUGUCUACCAAAAUACAGAAUCUGGCACCGAAACCUCCAUCAAAAAACCCUCACGGCAUCUUUUUACUCUCCUGGAAGAUAGUGGCCGCGCUCGCUUUGAUGCUGACGUAUCUCAAAUCGACCAGUUGAUCGACCGGCAAGAGAUCAUGCAUUCAUUCAUCCAAGCAGGGAAAUGUCUCGACGAGUGGCAGAUCGAUGAAUCCGAGUACUGGGUGCGGCAUGCCUUUGAGAUAGCCAAGAGGCUACCCCAGCGAUCAUAUUAUGGAAAAUGUAAGUACUGGGAGGGCCGAAUCGCAUGGUCUGCACGGAACGAGUUAAAGGCGUACUGGUGCUUCGAGAUGGCCCGCGUAUCGCUAAAACCGCGCGACCCCGAACGGGCCGAGAUCUCACUGUAUAUGAAGUAUCUAAAGCCCGGGCCCGAUAGGAAGACCCGACGGGAGGAAAUGACUCGCCUACGAGGAUUCGUUCCUCCCCAUGAGCUAACAGCUCGUAAGAACAAUAGCCAAUCCGCUGUUAAUUCAGAUCCAAAGGCUCACGUGUACAAUCGAUACAGCUUCCCAUCGCUGAAACGCAAGCGAGGGUCGUUGGCCCCGGAUACUUUCCUCGCUGUGGAUAUGCGACGUGAGAACAACACGAAGAGAAAACCCCCAUCAACGUGCCCCAGAGUCUGGUUAAUCAAACAAUCCGAUCACCAUAUGCAUCCCGGGGAUGGGACGGUAAGGUCAUCCGUGACGCCGAGCCUAUACUCAGGACUGAAGAUCGUGGACCGGGAUUUUCACUGGCUCACUACGCCUCAACAGAUUAUAUUCGAUACGCCACCUGGUAAAUUCAAGUUCACCAUGCAUCCCACGGGUGUGGCGAGUAGGGUCCGUCGACAUAAGAUAUUCCGACAUCAGCCCUGGGAAGAUGAUAUCUCGAGGAAGGAAUGGAAAGCGAUUCGUCGUAACGCUCGUGAAAUGUCCAUUACAUUGGAUCUUCUGGCCAAGGAAUGGGAUCUGGCUGAAUGGAAGACCAAGGUGCUGAAGUCAGCCCAUAGGCCUCUACAGUGUUGCCAUAGAGCUGAUCUCCCUUGA